UGUUAAUUACUUGUUGUUCUCUUCUUCAUAGAAUCAUAUCUAUAUAUCUCUCUUCUUUUGUAUUGUGUUGUGGCUUCCAUGGACGAUGAAAGUGGCUACUUUCAACUUUUUGUGGAGGACGGUAACUUCUACAAUCGCAUUCUGCUCGGAACCCUAUUGCCGGAGCAGUUGUGGGUCCCACUACCCCACUUCUUCCAAACAUGGCUGCGCAACUACAUCGGAGGACUCCUUAUGUACUUCAUCCCCGGCUUCUUUUGGAGCUUCUAUAUUUAUCAUUGGAAAAAUAACGUUUAUGUCAGUUCAGAAGCCAUUCCAUCUAGCGAAGCCAUGCUAAUGCAAAUACAAGUUUCAAUGAAAGCAUUGCCAUGGUAUACUUUGCUUCCAACAAUUGAAGAAUACAUAACAGAAGGUGGCUGGACAAGGUGUUUUCCAAGAGUGCAUUAUGUUGGUUGGCUUCAUUAUGUUGUUUAUGUUGCACUCUAUCUUAUUCUUGUAGAGUUUGGAAUUUAUUGGAUGCACAAAUUGCUUCAUGACAUUAAACCACUUUACAAACAUCUUCAUGCUCCUCAUCACAUCUACAACAACAAACACAACAUUCUCUCCCCAUUUGCCGGGUUGGCGUUGCACCCACUUGAUGGGAUAUUGCAGGCAUUACCAUAUAGCAUUGCUCUGUUCAUUGUGCCUGUGCAUUUUUCAACACAUUUAGUGAUCUUGUUCAUGGAAGGCAUUUGGACAGCAAGCAGUCAUGAUUGCAUUAAUGCAAAAUUUUGGCCUAUAAUGGGUUCUGGUUAUCACACUGUUCAUCACGUGACAUAUCGCCAUAACUAUGGCCACUUCACUAUAUGGAUGGAUUGGAUGUUUGGGACUCUUGUUGAACCUGAUGAUCAUAAUAUAAGGAAGAUUAAUCUAUCUAAUAAUUAAUAGAGAAAAGGAUAAAUAGGUCCCUGACCUUUUGUUCCACGGACAUUUUCGUUCUUAACUAUUGAAAAUUACUUUUAAGUCCCUGACCUUCACAAAACUUGGACGGAUCAGUCCCUCCGUCCAAAUGCCUCCGUCAGGGACUGAUCUGUCCAAAUGUCUCCGUUAGAAACUGAUCUGUCCAAAUUUUGUGAAGGUCAGAGACUUAAAAGUAUUUUUCAAUGGUUAGAGACGAAAAUGUCCGCGGAACAAAAGGUCAGGACCUAUUUGUCCUUUUCUCUAAUUAAUAAGAUGAAAUUUGAUGACAUGCACACUUGAUUGCUUAUAUAUACGCGUGGUUCCUAAUUACUUGUUUCUAAUAAAGUCUAAUAUAUAUAUAUAUGUUGGGUUC